AUCUGGGGCGGGCUCACUCAGCGGCCGUCGGUCACGGACUGCGAGAGUAGAGCCGGUUGGAAUUCUUUCAUCUCGGUUUCUCUAGCUCGGAUUCCUAGCGUGGAGCAGGGACGCCGCUCCUCCCUUGCGGUGGGCGUCGGCGCGGGCCCUCAGCGGUAGAAUGAGUCUGCAUAUCUUAAAUGACGAAAAUGUCCCCAGUGAAAAAAGUUCAGAAAGCUGUGACUUCCUGUUUUCACAACCGGAACUUACCGGAAGAUCCUCUGUUCUUCGUCUGUCACAGAAAGAAAAUGUGCCACCCAAAAACCAGGCUAAAGCUGCCAAGGUAAAUGGGGACUGUAAUGUGACUUUUCAGACACCUCUUCGGGAUCCACAGACGCACAGGAUCUUAAGUCCUAAUAUGACCAACAAACUCGAGACUUCUUUUGCUCUGGAUGGUGCUGUUGAAUUAGAAAACAAUCAAUGUGUCUGCUUACAGGAAGAGAAUCAGCUGCCGUUAGCCCCAGUGGAUGAUACACCUGUGGUUCAGUUGGCAGCCGAGAUCCUAAAAGCAGAAGGUGAGGUCCAGGUGGGAAUCUUGAAUUCUUCAAGUACUUCAGUUUCCAAGAGUUUUCUGGACAGUGAAUUGGUAGCGCCUCCUGCUGAGCCAGUUCUGGAGCCUUCUCAUCAGGGACCAGAGCCUACCAUGGAUGGCAAACUGUUGUCGCCUCCUGCUGAGCCAGUUCCAGAGCCUUCUCAUCAGGGACCAGAGCCUAUCUUGGACCUAAAGGAGGAGAGCUUCAGAGACCCAGCAGAAGUUCUAGGUACCGGCGCUGAAGUAGAUUACCUGGAGCAGUUUGGGACGUCUUCGUUUAAGGAGUCAGCCUGGAGGAAGCAGUCUUUGUACUUGAAAUUUGAUCCCCUCCUGAAAGAAAGCCCUCAGCGACCAAUGCCAGUUGUCCCAGUGACAAAUAGUAAACAGGAUGCAGAUGAGCCUGGCUUGGGAAAUCCAAUAGAAGGCAAGCUUGUGGACUUAGAUUUCUCAGGAGCUCCGGAUGUUCCAGUUCCAGGCCCACCCUUGUGUGUCCUUGAGCCUAGAGGCCUCCUUCUGACUGAGCCUUUUGAAGAUGUGCUGCAAUACAGCCAGAAAGACCUAGACGCACUGGUGAAUGCAACACAACAGGAGAACUUGGAGCUGAGGAGCAAGUAUGAGGACCUCAACAGGAAGUACUUGGAGAUGGGGAAGAUCAUGGAUGGGUUUGAGAAGAUCGUGUACAAAUCAAUGGAGGAGGCUGAGAAACAGAAGGAACUCGCAGAAGACAAAAUCAAAAAGGUUCAAAAAGAGAGAGACCAACUUAUUGCAGACCUGAACUCCAUGGAAAAGUCUUUCUCUGACCUUUUCAAGAGGUUUGAGAAGCAGAAAGAAGUGAUUGAAGGCUACCAGAAGAAUGAAGACUCUCUGAAGAAAUGUGUUGAGGAAUACAUAGCAAAGAUUGAAAAGGAGGGCCAGAGGUACCAAGCACUGAAGGCCCAUGCAGAAGAGAAGCUCAACCUGGCUAAUGAGGAGAUUGCCCAAGUGCGUAGCAAGGCCCAAGCAGAGGCACUGGCCUUCCAGGCAAGCCUAAGGAAGGCACAGAUGCAAAUCCACUCACUGGAGAAGACUGUGGAACAGAAGACUAAAGAAAAUGAUGAACUGACCAGGAUCUGUGAUGACCUCAUCUCUAAGAUGGAGAAGAUCUGACUGCAACCAGCCAUCACCAACCCUCUGUCCGCCCAUUUCUUUGUCUGAUUUGUCUUUUGUGUGUGGUCUUUAACCCCUAUUCAUUCCUAAGUUAUAUUACUUUGAAGACUAAAGUUUCUUAAUUUCAAACUCAAAGUCAACCCAGGUCCUGUUGUUUAUAACAAGCUCACUUGCCUCUGUUUUUCCAGGUAGUUCAGCUUGGCUGAAAGUAUCUUUCUGCUGUCCUUAUAUAACAUUGGUUCUCAACUUUGCUAAUGCUGCAACCCUUUAAUACAAUUAUUUUCAUUGCUGCUA